CAAACAACCUGGAACUCAUCACGUACCGCAUUUACUUUAUUUCUCUACAUAUUAAUUACAUACCACUUACCUAUACCAACUCAACCAUUACUACCAUAUCCCUAUCACUCUUCUCAUCAACAGUUCAACACCCCAAAGCACUCGGAAACCAUUUAAUCUACCUCACCAUGCGACCACAAUUUUAAUCUUUCAACUAUUCUUCCCUUCGCAACCUAGCUAGUUGCUAGUUUGCGAUGUCGACGAGUUCUUGACCUGAUCAACUCGUCCCAACGGCCUUUUCUUUAUCAACCAAUACUUUUCACCAACGCCACCGUUGCCUCGUCACAUCGAAACCCUCCAGAUUUUAUAGUCUACGACAAUAAUUCUCCGGGAUGGCGCAAAGUAGCAGCCAAGGUGCUCUCUCACCGCGAUCUUUUGCGAUCCAGCACCAGCGACCCAAAGACAGCUUCGUCGGAUGCUCCAGGAUUACCGACUAUGAACUCCUAGGUAAAUUAGGCGAGGGAACUUUUGGUGAGGUUCACAAAGCGAGAUCGCAUAAAACCGGAAACCUGGUCGCUCUGAAGAAGAUUAUUAUGCACAACGAAAAGGAUGGCUUUCCUAUCACUGCCCUUAGAGAGGUUAAGCUUCUCAAGUUGUUGUCGCACCGAAACGUUUUGCGCUUGGAGGAUAUGGCUGUUGAACAUCACAGCAAGAUGACCGACAAGCGAAAACGGCCCAUCAUGUAUAUGGUGACACCCUACAUGGAUCACGACUUGUCCGGUCUUCUCGACAACCCUUCCGUCCAAUUCACCAUACCCCAAAUCAAAUGCUACCUACACCAGCUUCUUGAAGGUCUUCGCUAUCUACACGACAACAAGAUUCUCCACCGAGAUAUGAAAGCAGCCAACCUUCUGAUCAACAACAAAGGCAUACUCCAGAUUGCUGAUUUUGGUUUGGCGAGACAUUACGAAGGUCCUGUCCCCGAAAAUGGGAAAGGUGGUGGUGAAGGACGGAGAGAGUAUACCAGCCUAGUUGUCACCAGAUGGUAUCGACCUCCCGAGCUCCUAUUACAUCUCAAAAAAUACACCACGGCUAUUGACAUGUGGGGUGUUGGGUGUGUAUUCGGUGAGAUGCUAGUUGGCAAGCCCAUCUUGGCGGGUGAGAGUGAUGGGCAUCAGCUCGAUAUCAUAUUUGAUUUGGUCGGGUCUCCAACCGAACAAAACAUGCCAGGGUGGAAACAAUUGCCUGGUGCGGAGGGCCUUAAUCCACGACCAAGACCUCCAGCGUUGUCACAACGAUUCCGUGAGCAUGGCUUAAGUGCAAUCUCUUUGCUCAAGGAGCUUCUAAUGCUUGAUUGGCGUGCCCGCAUCAAUGCGAUAGAUGCACUGGAACACCCUUACUUCAAGACAUCACCUUUCCCGGCAAAGCCAGAGGACCUUCCCACCUUUGAGGACAGUCACGAAUUGGAUCGUAGGAAGUUCCAUGAUCGGAAAGCUGCACUUCCUCCAGCUCCUAAAGGUGGUACCGUUGGUGUUGGCGCUUUCGAAGGUCCUAAUGCAUCUUUCGGCAGCGGUGAUGGCUAUGGCGGCAACAGGAUGAAUGGCAGAUAUCAGAAACAUCACGGCGGUCCAUAUCGGGGUGGUGGUGACGAGGGUCGUAGACCGGCCUGGGCCCGAGAUCAGCCUCACAUGGACCACCGACUACCACCACGCCCACCUCCUCCUGAAUAUCCAGGGAAUGGAUGGGACAAUCCGGCCGAACACCACGAUUCCUACAGGGACCGGCCACAAAGGAACCGUGGAGGAAAUCGACCGGAUGUAGACACUUAUAUCCCCAGCUACCGUGCUGGCGGACGAGAAGAACGGCCCCCUAGAGAGGACCGACCACCCAGAGAAGAUCGUCCUCCUAGAGAAGAUCGCCCCCCUAGAGAUGACCGGCGAAGACGGGAUGAUCGUGAUGAUAGGCGCCAUGAUUGGGAUCGUCGUGAUAGGGAAUACGAGGAUCGCACUAGAGUGAGCCAGACACGAAGCCGCAGCCGCACGCCUACUAGAGAUAGGGACCGAGACGUGUAUCGCCGAUAGGGACGCCAUCACGCUCGGGGAAAAUUGAAACGAGGGUAGCCACCUCUUCCUUCGCACUGUAACCCCGUUCACGAAUGCCCCACAACCAAACAAAACCCUCAUAAGUUCGGGUUUAUAUGCAGGCGCCUGGUCUAUAUGGAUGGAGGGUUUUUUACUUUACGGAUAAUGGUAAUGCAGCAGAGGCCCUGUAUGGUAGAGAGGGGCCAACGCGACACAGCCUCGGCGUUUCUGCUUUGGUGGGUUUGGGGCUCAGGUGAGCCGCUACUGCUGUGCCUUGUAUUAUAGUAUUUAGGUGCGAAUGCAUAUGUGCCCAUCUGUCCAUGGCAUAGGGUCUUAGCUGUGGGUUGUGAGAUGUGGGUUUGUGCUUUAUCUACCAGGUACCUGGUUUUAAUGGCAGUAACAACAAGGACAAUGGCAACAACAACAACAACAACAACAACAACAACAACAACAACAACAACA